AUUGCCGACUAGACCGAACCUAACCAAGAAACAAAAAUAUAAUAAUAAUAACAUGAUCAUUCUCCUCCCAUUUCCCUUUUUCUCCCACCGCACCUCCGCCGUGCGUCCACCGUUGAACCAAUUCAAACAUUCGCAGAUCUCGUAACGAUUUCAUAUAUUCACGCCUUUUUCCGAUUAAGGCGAUCUGUUGACGGUACUCUUGUUAUAUUUUGUUUAAGGAUUCAUCCAGAUCUGAUUCCGAAUAGUUGAUUGCUUAGUAAGUGGUAGUGCUGUUUGGAUCAGAUCUUUUGGAGCCAAGUUUUGUCACACUUAUUUGAUGGACAAUGACUAUUCCAAUGAAAAACACUUCGAGUAAUGCAUCAAGGGAGCGUGCUCAUCUUCUUUACAAUAAGAAUGCUGAGCUGGAAAUUAAUCGUAGAAAAGCAGCACAAGCAAAAGUCACAUCAGAUCCAAACGCAUGGCAACAGAUGCGAGAGAAUUACGAGUCAAUACUUCUAGAAGACCAUGCUUUCUCUGAACAACACGACAUCGAAUACGCUUUAUGGCAGUUACAUUACAAACGUAUUGAAGACUUACGCGCACGCUAUAACUCUGCUCAAGCUUUUGCAUCACAAAAUGCUAAAGGCGUGGCCCGAUCUGGGCCCGACCGAAUCACCAAAAUUCGUUCUCAGUUUAAGACCUUCUUGUCAGAAGCUACUGGAUUUUAUCAUGAUUUGAUGGUGAAAAUUAGGGCAAAAUAUGGGUUAUCUCUAGGUUAUAUGUCAGAUGACUCACAAAACGAUAAAGAUGGAAAUGAAUCUAUUGAUGUGAAAAAAGGUCUAAUAUCAUGCCAUCGAUGUCUUAUAUACUUAGGGGAUCUUGCGCGUUAUAAAGGGCUGUAUGUUGAGGGUGACUCGAAAACUCGAGAUUUUGCUGCAGCGUCAAGUUACUAUAAGCAAGCUGCUACUCUUGUGCCUUCCAGUGGUAAUCCACAUCAUCAGCUUGCUAUUCUUGCUUCUUAUUCUGGAGAUGAGCUGUUGUCUGUUUACCGUUAUUUUCGAAGUUUAGCUGUUGACACCCCUUUUACUACUGCAAGAGACAAUUUGAUCAUUGCAUUUGAGAAGAAUCGUCAAAGUUACUGUCAGCUGCUUGGGGAUUCGAAACCUGCUCCUAUCAAAAAGUUACCUGCACGGAUGAAUGGAAGAGGAAGAAACAGAGGUGAAGCACGCGCUUCUCUCAAGGAUAGAAAAACAGAACCGCAAAUUGCUCUCGAAAAAGACAUCACUGUCCCUGAAACUCUUAAAGCUUUCAGCAUUCGAUUUGUCAGAUUAAUUGGCAUUCUUUUUACUCGCACAAGCUUAGAAACUUUUGGGGACGUUUUCUCAUUAGCACGGACUGAAUUUCUUCACCUACUAUCUUCCGGAUCAGAUGAGGUGCUCAACUUCGGGUCAGAUUUUAACGAGUGUAAACUUUUCGUAACCCGGUUCAUAUCAAUCAUGAUAUUCACAGUCUACAAUGCAAAUAAGGAAACCGAAAAUCAAUCAUACACCGAGAUUUUACAACGUUCUGUUGUGCUUCAAAAUGCUUUCACCGCCAUAUUUGAUUUCAUGGCGCUCAUAGUUGACAGAUGCUUCCAACUUAAAGACCCUUCCGGAAGCUUCUUACUUCCCGGCAUCAUGAUUUUCACCGACUGGCUAGCCUAUUGUGCGGACAAUGCUGUCGUGACCAAUCGCAACAAUGAAAUGGAUGAAAAACAAGCAACGGCUAGAUCCCUCUUUUGGAACAAUUUCGUUUCUUUCCUUAACAAGAUAUUAUCAUCAUUCACUGGGUCCCACCAUGAAGCAGUAAACCGUCUUGCAUUGCCUGAAGACAUUGACUUACGAGGGUUUCUUCCUCUUGUUCCGGGCCAACUCGCUCUCGAUUUUUCUAGAACAAAUUAUUUUGAAAAUGAUGGAAAUAAGGAAAAGAACUCGCGGGUGCAGCGGAUCGUAGCCACUGGAAAGGCUAUUGCUACAAACAUUCGGCUUGGUCAACAAGGAAUCUAUUUUGACUCGAGAUUAAAUAAGUUUUUCUACGGAGUUGAGCCGCCACAUGUUGAAGUUUCUGUUAUAAACCAAGAAAUCAGUGAAGACGUUGAAGACGAAGAUGAGAUUAUUGUCUUCAAGCCCACUGUACCCGAGAAGCAUAUUGAAGAAUCAUCCAAGGGUAUUAUUGCCAGUUCCACUGAUUCCUUAAUCUUACCUGCGGGUUUUUCUUUACAACAGUUUGCACAACCGAACACAUCAAAACCAAUGAUGGGAAAGGAAGAUAUCGAGAAUAGCUUUUCAAAUCUCAACUUAUUUAACGGACAGGAUCAUGCUACUGUCAUACCAUCCAAGUUUGAUUCGGUGAUGACGUCAGCAUCUGGGUAUGAUAGUAUCCCUUCAAAUACAAAAUUUCGUAAGAGUCCAGUGGGUCGACCCGUGAGGCACUCUGGCCCGCCACCUGGCUUCCACAACCCUAAAAACAGGAAUGAAAAUCCAAAUCCAGCUUUAGAUGAUUAUAGUUGGUUGGAUGGGUAUCAACUGCCCUACGCAGGAUCAUACAGUAACGAUGGAUUCGGUAAUUCCUUUAAUGGUCUGCCACUACCGAACAAGCUUUUGAACACACGCAAGACUUCGUUGGGUAUGGAAUGUUUUCCAUUCCCUGGCAAACAGGUUUCCACCACUGUGCCUGCCAACACUGGAAUCGGAAACGGAAAUGGAUGGCUUGAUUAUCAGAUUCCGGAGCGUUCUAGUCUUCAAGAACCAGUUAAGACGGGUAAUGAACAGUUUCUUGCUGUGCCUCAACAAUAUCAAGGUCAAUCGUUGUGGGAAGGUCGUUUCUUUGUGUGAGAUGAUUUUGGUGCAUAGAUGGUUUUGAACAGCGCUACUAAGGUGGAUGAUGUGGAGUGUGACCUGGUACAACCGGUUCAGCCAUCAAAUCAGGCAUACUGGCUGAUGUUUAAAGCUUUUAAUAUGGAGCAUGCAUGGUUAUGGAUAUGGGUUUUGGAUUGUUGCAGGCAUCUGAUUGGUCUAAAGGUGCCGAGUUUUCCAUAUUGGAUGAUUGAAAUUGUUGGUGAGCAAUUUGGGAAGUUGUUGGCUGGCUGGCUUUUGUGGGAUAGCAACGUGAAAGUAUGUGAGAUGUGUUGAAGAAUUGAAAUAUUAAGUAAUACUUAGUAAAGCUUAAUCCUGCUCUGUUUACGGUAUAUUUCUUAUCGAAGGUAACGCCUUUAGAAAUCCAGCAAACCAACCAACCGUCUUUAUCUUUUAUGUUGCGUACUAGUUAUCUUCUUUUUUAUUUUUAUUUUUUUUUGUGAUGGUGCUGUCUUUAAUUUGAAGUUGAUGGGAAUAAGUGACCUACAUAAACGCUUUUGUGUUUCUGAUUAUUGAAGUUGAUGCUUGUAUUAUUGUCAUU